AUGCAAUCCUAUAUUGAUGCGUUAGAUACGCACAUACUGCCUUUUGUAGAUUAUGAAGGAUAUGACGAUAGAUAUCCAACGCUUUCAGUACAAUCUUUUCCUGCUGAGUUCUACGAUGAAAUACGACAUGCAUCUCGUAUGUUAUUCCAAAUAUUUUAUAAGGCUACUAAGGUUUUUCAGCAGGCACCUGAUGAGUUUGUCCUCAAUAUGGAUAUGCCGGAAAAUCUGAUUCCUUAUCUUCACCGAGGGAAUCCGUUAGGCCUACCUACGUGGCUGUCUCGUUUUGAUUUUGUUCUCGAUACACAGGGGCGAUUGCGCAUGGUGGAAAUGAAUGCGGAUACCCCCUGUUUUUUGAUUGAAAGCUAUUAUGCUAAUGAGGUAGGCGCGCAUUAUUUUGAUAAAGAGCAUCCCAAUGCAGGGGCUAGAGAUGAGCUAGAACGUUUUUUGAAACGUGUUUAUGAACGCACUUCUCAGGAAAAUAGUAAAUAUAAUACGAUAAAAAGUGGUGGACCUAAUCCAUUUGUGUUUGCUUGCUUUCAUGAUUAUUUAGAAGAUUUAGGAACUACUAAGUUUUUAAUGAAUACGAUGAAAUCCGCUUGUCCUGAGGCGGAUGUACGAUUUUUAUCAUUUUAUGAUAUGGUCAUUGAUGAUGAAGGGAUUUUACUUCCUGAUGGCGGGCAUGCAUCAAACCUGUAUCGUUUGCAUCCAAUGGAAUUAUUGAUCGAUGAGACGACGGCAACGGGGGAACCGUUAGGUCCUGAGCGAGAUAUUAUUGAACGUUAUUUGACUCCGUCCUAUUUUGAAAGUGAUUUCCCGAACCUUGAUGAUGCGCUAUAUAUUCAAAAAGAAAUUUGGGGACGUGAAGGACGAAAUAUUCAGGCGUUGGCUAAUUUAUAUAUCGGACUUGUUCAUUAUCCUAUUAUGAAUAAACAUAAAGAGGUCAUUACGACGGCUAUUACAAAUUAUGAUAUACAUGAUAUUGCACGAGCAUCCAUUACCUAUGAUGUGUCUAAAUAUUUUGUCAUUCAUAACAUUCCAGCUCAAUGUGAGUUAGUAAGUACUAUUAUGGAGCAUUGGAAAUCUGGCUUUGGUUCUGCCUAUAAUCCUGAUCGUAAGGAUGCUUUCACAGUCGUGGAAUUGGUAAACUCAAUUGCGGUAGCGGUGCGAACAAUUGAAGAUAUAGAAGGAAUGAGACCGAUUGUAGCUACAACAGAUGCUCGCACCUAUGAUAAUACGAUUUCCUAUGCACGGAUGCGUGAACACCUUGAAAAUGAGGGGCGCCCUGUGUUAGUAUUAUUUGGUACCGGUUAUGGUAUGACAAAAGAAACGAUGGAAAGCUUUGACUAUAUUUUAGAACCUAUAUAUGGCCAUGGUGAAUACAAUCAUUUAUCCGUGCGUAGUGCCGUAUCAAUCAUCUUAGAUCGGCUGCGGGGCGAAGCAUGGUGGAAUAAAUAG